CGCGCUGUAUUUGAGAUGUGAAUGUGCAUAACUUCAUUCUUUUUCCAAAAGAGCUCAAUUGUGAUUAUCUGCACUGUUGUUGGAGGCAAGUAUGAUAUUUGUAAAAUCAUGAGAACAAAGACGAUAAAAUUAUUGAGAUUUAUCGGAGCUGUCAUGUCAUGCUUCUUGUUUAAUUGAUUUCAUGCUUUUAUCAGUUACAGGACUGAGGGUAAGGGCUGCACAACUUAUCACAUGUAAUUCUUCUCUGACUACUGUAGUAUGGGUUUUAUGAUUCUGGUGGUGGCUUUGAAGACGCUGGGUGGUAACUCAGAGAAAGAAGGCGUCUACAAGAAAGUGGGUGACAAAGUCGUCCUCACACCAGGCUCUGCGCCUGCUUCCAUCACCAGGAUCAAGUGGACACAUGAUCAGGACAUUGCUCUGGAGUGGUCCAGACGAGAACCUUACACCUCCUGGCACUUCCGAGAUGGCUGUGAGGUGGAUACCUCCACUGGGGUCCUGACGAUCUCAAACCUGGCUCUAAACGACAGCGGCAGCUACACGGCGGAGAUUAAUGAUGAAGUCAUGAGCACAACAGAAAUCAUUGUUAUCACCACUGUCCCUAAUCCCACUGUGUCCACAUGGUGCCACCCUGAGAUGACCUACUGUAUUCUCACUUGUGAACCCAACGUGACAGACGACGCCAAACCGAUCACCUAUUACUGGGUGAUUGGUGAUAUGGUGAAACAGUCUCCAACCAAUCAGUUCAACAUCACACAGGCAAACAGAGAGCAUUUGAUAAGCUGUCAGCUGGAAAACCCAGUCAGCCAUGAAUACAGUGAAAAAAUCCUGAAUCCACUCUUAAUCAGGAAUCGGGCUUUACUGAGCUUACCAUUUGUAGGGAUUCUGGUGUUCCUGUUUGGCCUUAUUUGUUGCAAAUGCUGUUGUUGUACCCACAGGACCUGAAGACACCGCCGCUCCACCACCAUCAACACUGUGAGAUAGAGCAGUGCUGGAUCAAACUGUGACGAUGAGGAUGAAGAAGAGUUGGUGUUACAUAAACCACCGGAGAAAAGCCUUAACUAAACCUGGAAACACAGGAAGACAAUAACACAGAGGGGUCAGACGACCAAAAACAAGAACACCCUCAAAAUAUAUGUAUAUAAUUUAUAUGUAAUAAAUAAUAAAUAUAAGAAUAUAUAGUCAGAAAUAUGUACAGAUUAAAGUCACAAAUUUGUACAUUGGGAAAAA